AUGAACAAGAAAGCGCGAGGACAGAAAGCCCAUCAUGGAAUACAACUACGCUCAUUGUCUUUAAUGAAACGACAUAGUAGUGUUGUGCUUACUUCUCUAUUAAAGACUACAAGCGAUUUUGCUUACAAAGAAAUUCCACGUGAAGUACUUGAUGGAACGGAUAUUGAUCUGUCGAUCUGGUCAGUUGUAGCAUCAGAUGCGUCUUUAAUGACCUCACUUCGUCUACGUCAACAUCUUGGAAUGCAAUCAAACCAGUAUUUGGAUUCACUUGGUAGAUUAACAAUACCGAAACCAGAGCCUGUUGUUCGCAUUAAUCUUCCUGAAGCAGAACACAUUACGGAUAAAACGGCACAUUUAAUCGCAGCGACUUGUCCAGAACUCAAGCAUCUGAACUUGGAGCGAGCUAAAAGUUUGACAGAGUUUGGAAUUUCUCAAAUCCUGAAAAGCUGCAAGAAUCUUGAGUCACUAAAUCUAAAUUACGUUAUCGCACUUGAACAUCGCGCUCUUUGCUGCAUUCAACAUCUACGACUUUCAUUACGGUCACUUUCGAUUGCCGGUUGCUUUCGAGCCCCAGAGCUUUCGUUAAUGCGUGUCUUUCACUCUUGCGUCUUACUCGAGUACGUUGAUCUCUCGUAUUGUGCCAACGUGACAGACUCGAUUCUACUGGCAUUAAGCCAGAGAUGCAGAAAGCUGCAGUACCUAAAGCUUCGAGGCUGCCGUCAGAUAUCUGAUAAUGGAGUUGUAGCACUUGCUAAUUCAGGAGAAGGAAUUCAAUUACUUCAUCUCGAUUUAACGCGCUCUGACUUACCUUACAAAAUCAAUGAUAUCUCGCUUUUUGCUGUGGCACAAAAGUAUCAACUACUUCAGACUUUGAGUCUUUCAGGAUGUAAUAUGAUCACUGACGUUGGAAUCAAUUACUUAGCGUCUGGUUGCAAUGUAUUGACCGAUUUGGAUGUUUCAGGCUGCAAUGCUCUGACAAAUUGUUCUCUUCGUAUUCUCAGCGAAUCCAUGUCGCUGCUUCAGCAUUUAAAAAUACGACAAUGCUCUCAGAUAUCAAAUCGAGGUAUUCGAUAUCUGUCCUCGGGCUGUCUAAAGCUCAUUUCUCUUCAUGCAGAAGAUCUGCCAUUGCUCUCAGAUGCUUCUAGUCACGAUGUUAACGACAAAGAUCGACAAGGUAUUGCUGCAUUAGUCUCGAAAUGUCAUGCCUUGCGUAAUCUUGAUCUCUCGGGUUGUACUGCGAUUGCUGAUGGCACGCUGCAUUGUAUCGCUACUAUGUGCUCAGCCCUCACAAUUCUUACUCUCUCCGGUUGUUUUCAAGUUACAUCUUGUGGAAUAACUGCCAUCCUAAUGCAUUGUAUCCACUUGACAUCACUUGAUUUAUCAAAAUGUACUCAAGUGACGGAUGAAGCAUUUCUCGAUACUUUACGGACUCAUCAAGAUCUUUCAAAUUCAAUGAAGACGAGUUUAUUAGCAAAGCAACUGGUUGUUCUUCGUUUGAAUGACACGAAGAUUUCUGAUGUCACAGUUGAAUGGAUCAGUCGACAUUCGCCACUGCUUCGCGAGCUCGAUGUCUCAAACUGUCAAGAUAUUACGGAUAUGGGUCUUUUGGCGCUUCGGAUGUCAAUUAAACUACAGAAUCUAUGGCUUCGAAAUGUUGUAAAAAUUACUGCAACGGGUCUGUCGUGGCUAGCCGAAACGUGUUUAAAACUCAUGUUCUUAGACGUGACGGGAUGCUUGAAAAUCUAUGCAUUCUCCUUACAAUCGCUUGCAUCAGCAUGGAAGUUUGCAGUGUAUACGAACAAUAACCAUUUUCAUGGUAUGCUUCCUCUUCCUCGAGCUAAUGACUGGAUUUUCAUACAAGAAUAUGGACAAACUUGGCAAGCUGCGAUUCGUAUUCAAUCUUUGUAUAAAGGUUAUCAAGCACGUCAACGUGUACGACAUUUACGCGAAGAACGGCUGGUUGUGUGGAGGAUUAUACGCUUGCAGAGUAUUGGUCGAGGUCGUCAAGCUCGAAAAGCUGCAACUCUCUUGCGUCUUGAAAGGCAAAAGAAGGAUGAGGCGGCAAAACUCAUUCAAAACGCAUUUUCCAAAUUUCUUAAACGACGUCAAGCCACGCGAUUGUGCGAAAUGGCUCACCAACAAGCAUUCGUACGAGGUGGUAGAAGCAUUUAUGCAGCAUGGCGAAAGAAACGCUUGCGAGAGCGACUUUCAAUUCGAGAGAAUUGUCGUUUAUCUUAUGAAAAGGCACUAUGCCAGAAGGUUGUUAAAAUUCAACGAAUCUGGCGAGGCAGUAAAGAGCGAAGACGAGCGAUUGAAGCUAAAAUUUCAAAAGCUAAGGCAGCGACGAUAUUGCAAUGCAGGUUUCGGGUGUAUGCAGCUUGUCGAGUUGUUGAGUCUCGACGUAAUAUAUUUCAACAAGACGAAAAGCGACGAGAGUGUGCAGCGAGAGUGAUCCAACGACAAAUGCAAAGACAUCGAAGAAACCGCGAAUUUCUAAUGAUAUAUCAAAUGAUAGUGAAAGUGAACGAUGCAGCCGUGAAGAUUCAAAAUUGGUGGUGUGCGAAUCGAAAAGCUCAAGUGAGAAAGAUUCUGGAGAUGAAGCAAAGACAAGAAUGGGAAUUUGCUAGUGUGGUUAAGAUUCAAACCUUGUGGAGACAACGAAAGGCGCAACAUGAGAUUCGAGUGAGACGUUUAGCGAAAGUAUUGCACCAGCGUCGAAUUGUUCAAGCAGCGUUGAUUGUACAACGAGUUUGGCUUGGGCGGAAACAAAAAGCACGUUGCUUAAAAGAAAUGAGAUUAAAGAAGGAAAGCUACGAUCAGGUGCGAAAUGUCGCAGCGAUACAAUUACAAGCGUAUUAUCGUGGACAGAGAGGACGAGAAUGGUAUCGACAAGCUCAAUUGGAUGAGAAACGACAAUGGAAACAAGUAAUUCAGCUGGAAAGUCACGAGAAAUUUUAUUAUAAUCGGAAAACUGGAGAAGUGCGAAUCCGUCGACCUCAAGAUGUUCUGGAUUUAUUGGAAAGACCUUCAUGUGAUAACUGUGAUUCUGAUCAUAUCGAUGCGACGAUAGAGUGUAAAGAGUGUCAGAACAUGUAUUGUGAUGUGUGCUGGAUAAAUGUACACUCAGGUGGUCGACGGAAAUUACAUGAAUUUCGUGCACUCUACGACUACUUGAAACAGCGUGUGGACUAUGAUGUUCAUGAAUUUCCGUCUUGUUGGUCUUCGGAAAUUGAACAGAACGAAAUGGAGGGAUGGAGUCUUCGUACAUAUCCACGUCGUCAGUAUAUUUAUAAGCAAGAAGCUUGGGAGCAAUAUCUGGAUCCAGAUACUGGACGAAAAUGGUAUUUUAAUCGCGAGACGAACGAAAAUUCAUACAUUCCACCAAACGGAUUUAUGACUGGCGUUUUCUAA